AUGCCCAUGCCAAACAUAGACCCCAUCAUACCGGGUCCAUUCCAAUGUGGUGGCAAUGACCCACGGAACCUCCCAGACCUCGACGACGAAUACUUGGACGAUUUAACGGCAGUGCUGAAGGCCCUAGCUAAAGGAAGUUAUCCUCGUUUGGACUCGGUUCCGCUCGCGCUCAAUGCCUACAACUGUAACCGGAAGGAGGACAUAGAUCCGUGGGCUUAUUUCCACCCGGUCACCAUCAUCACACCCCUGGACGCAACAAUGAAGGUAUUGCCAAGUAUCGAACUAGACGAAGACGUGAUAGAUGACCUAGCGAAGCCAUGGGAUCCCAUACGGUACACCGGAGGCCAAUUCAACAGAGAAGAACAACGAUUCGAGAGAGGAGAGUGGACUCCGCCACCGGGUUCGGCACGAUACCGAUUCUUGUGCUUCAUACACAAACAUAGGAUCGAUCGUAGGAGCACUAGUCAGAAGGGCGUGCAUACGAUUAGCAUCUGGGACCGCGAGUGGGACGAGCUCACUUGGCACGACACGUACCACGUGGGCCGCGAGGUGCGCAUUGGCGAGAUCCAGCGGUUCUGGCGGUGUGUCAACAUGCCGAACCUAAUCGGGCACGGCUACAAUCGGGAGCAAUUCCUGAAGCGCAUACGUUACCGCAUCGUGUACGAUAUCUGCGAGCACAUCGAGGACACUCUACGAGAUGCCGUACCGCCGCGAAACACCCUCUACGCCGUCAUCGGCGCGGCCCUGCACCACAUGAACAACGCGUGCGACCCGCAAGUCAGCAUCGUGCCGGACCGGCUCGAGCUCUUCGGCGCGCAGGCCCUGCCGCUGCUGCCGCGCUUCUUCGCGCACCUGCUGUGGCUGUGCCUCGACGCGCGGCCCGGCUGGACGCGCGCCGAGCAGGAAGGGUUCGUCAGGCAGUUCCGCAUCCUGGAGAGGCUGCGCUGGAUGCGGGUGCUCGUGCGCAGGGACCUCGAGCGCAGGAUGGCGGAGGAGGAGGAGAUGGAGGAUGAGGAGGGUGGUGGGGAUGGGGAGGUUAGGGAGUGGGUUUUUGAGGUUAUGGGGAUUUGAGAGCUGGGUUUUGGUAAUUCCAUGUUGUGUUGAAGGGUACGAAGGCUUUCACAUCGAAGCGUUGUAUGUGGAGUGAGACAUAGACUGCGGUUUGCUGUCUGCUGAACUAUUAGCAUAUCAGAUCGUUCCUAUGAGUUAGAAUGCAGGUC